CCGGCCCACACCAUCAUCAGUGCUGGAACAUCCCACCAAAUGGGCAUCUGUCUAUUCGAUGCGAGUCUCAUGGGGCAUAAGGUUUUGCCUUCAUGUCUUGUACUUGGAUGGAGUUCUUUACAUGUAUACAUCGAGCUGUGGUGGAAGGGAAAGCCAAGCACUCCAGUUGCGGUCUUGUUUUGGUCUGGCCAGGAUUUCAUUCCGAGGGUGUGCCAGAGUCCAGAUUGUAAAGCCAGUGCCCCGAAAACAGCGCUGUUAAAAGGCAAACCUGCUCACUCGGGUGAAACACGGAUUGAAUAGAGGUGUUCAAAAUUAAAUUAUGGAAGGUCUCGCUGGACUGGAGAAGGAGAUACUGAUUCCUCUGGCAAUCAGCCAGAGAACUGAAGGAAAGAUGAGACUUCUUCCACACAGAGGGUUGUUCAGAUCUGGAAUAUGUCAACUGAUGGCGUGAUGGACACAGGUUAGAUCGAAACUUUUAGGCAACGUUCGAUAUCUACGUGGAGAGGACUAAGUAGCAGACUGUUGCGGGAACGGGUGGUGUGGCGGACGGAGUGGAGAGCGAUGCGAUCAAAUUCGUUAACACCUUCGCAUGAUUGGUUCAAGCAUCACAGACUAAGUGGCCAUCUAUGCUCUAAGGUCGUGCGAUUAGUGACUUUGCCAAACAGAUAUGGCAGAUUCCAGUGCUGCUGGAAAAGUUCGUGGAGGUAAAGGACACAAUGCAAAGGGACUUGGUGAUCGGAGUAAAGCAAAAUCAACUAAGGUUAAAACAUCUACUGAUGGCAUUACAUUUGGACGUGCUGAAAGUGAUAAAGUGGAAAACAGACAGAAAGGAAGACACAAAUCAGAGGACCAAGAACUUAAGGAAAUCCCAGGAAGCGUGAUGGCAAAAUGGAAGGAAGAGUUCAAGAUGCAUUCUCGCGUUAAAUGCCCUCGCUCUGGUUGCUGGCUGGAAUUUCCUAGUAUUUACGGAUUGAAGUACCAUUACCAGCGUUGUCAGAGUGGUAUUGUUUCAAAGAAGUGUAGUCACCAGUGUCUUCUAUGUGAAGCUUCUUUUACAUCUAAGUCCCAACUGGAAAAGCAUAAACAAUGGACACAUGAAGAAAAAAGAACACAAACAACAGAGUUGGAUGAGAAAGUUACAAAAUCAGUUGGUCGAGGUAGAGGUAGAAAAAGGGCUGCUGAAAAUGCAGAAACAUUACCUAAAAAGUCUAAGCAACAGAAGAGAGAAUUAAGUAGACAUUCUGAAAAUGGGGAAUGUGCAACACAGAACAGAGAAAACAAAUUACCAAACACUGCAGAUGCUCAAGAAUCUCUGACGUCUAAUGAAUUGAGCAAAGGCAAGAAGCAGGUCUCACUCCCUGAGGAGGAUCCUGAGAGAACAAAACACAGAAGGAAACAGAAGACACCUAAAAAAUUUACAGGGGAGCAACCAUCUAUCUCAGGAACCUUUGGAUUAAAAGGUAAACGAACACAACAAUCAGGCCUGUCAAAACCAGAUGACAAAGGAAGGGGUAAAGGCAAGAAGAAAAAUAACAGCACAUGCAAUGAAGAAUUGCAAAGGAAACCUUUAGCAGUACAUAUUAAAAAAGAAGCUGUCACAUAUUUACCAGGAAGCCAGGAAGAAAAGUGGCAGCAGGAGAUUUCAGAUAGAGGAGAGGUUAUCUGUCCAAACUGUAUGACUGUACACAGGAAAACUGUAGCAGGCUUGAAGAAACACCUAGAAAUCUGCAAAGAGCUGCAGAAUGCUUUGAAGUGUCAACAUUGUGCUAAGCAGUUUAAAUCUAAAGCUGGGCUAAAGUAUCAUACUAUGGCAGAGCACAACAAUAAGCCUUUGGUGAAUGCAGAGAAGCUGCUGGAUGAACAGCAGGAGCGUGAAAGACUGCGAAGAGUACUUAAACAAAUGGGAAAAUUGAAGUGCCCUAAUGAGGGUUGCACAGCUACAUUUGCCAGCCUAAUGGGCUACCAGUAUCAUUUAAAAAGAUGUGGGAAAGAGCCUGCAGAUAUUGAGAAAGCUGUUUUCAUUUGUGAGCAUUGUGAAAAGGAGUAUAAAUCAAAGGCUGGUCAUGACUAUCAUGUAAAAUCUGAACACUCAGCGGCAACUGAAGAUUCUGAUCAGAAAUCAGCUGAAGAAGACUUUGAGAAUUUGUUUGAGAAAACUCCGAGUGGCCGCAUCCGUCGAAGAUCUGCACAAGUAGCUGUUUUCCAUCUCCAGGAAAUUGCAGAGGAUGAGCUUUCAAAACUUUGGACCAAAAGAAGGAAUAAAGAUGACUUAGUCCCCGAUAUUAAGAGGCUUAAAUACACUCGUCCAGGGCUACCAUCAUUCAACCCCAAACAGCUUGAAAGCUGGAAAAAUGAAGUCAAAGAAAAUGGUCAGAUUUGCUGUCCUAACAAUCGUUGUGAAGCAAUCUAUUCAAGUUUUUCUGGAUUGAAAGCACAUCUAGCAACAUGUACUAAGGGUGAGCAUCUAGUUGGGAAAUACAGGUGCUUGAUUUGUCAGAAGGAAUUUAGCUCGGAAAGUGGAGUUAAGUACCACAUCAACAACUCUCACUCUGAGAACUGGUUUAGGGCCUCUGCAGAAAUACCUGCAAGAAACAAAAGGGAGCUGAAGGUUACAAAAUCAGAGAGGAAGAAAAGCACAACCGGGAAGAAGAGAGGAAGAAAACCCAAAGAAAGAACUUCAGAGCUUUCUAUAAAAGACAAUGAAAUGGUGGGAGCAAAGACUGCUGAUCAAAUAACGUCACAAUGUCCUGCAACUUUAAAGAACAAUAGCAAAAUGAAAAAGAGAAAGAUAUUACCAAGCAGCAAAAAAGGAGGUUCAGUCUAGAUGCUUCAAGCUGCGAAAUGUAAGCCAAUAUAAAGGCAAAGCAGCUAUAUCUGGAGGAGUGUUGCAUCAGCCUUUAGGCAUCAUAAGUGGAAAAUGAUGGGUUAAGCUAAGAUAUACUACCUAACACUGGCUCUAAAGUUUGUUAUAUUGCCUAAUGUUAUGGGUCCAAAACAGACCCAAGAAAAUAGCUGUUUAUGUGGUAGAUAAAAGCCAAUCCUUGUAACUGAGUUGAAACUGAAGACAUGCUAGACACAAUCAUUUAGCACAAAGGAUUAUAAGGCUAUUUAAUACUGCUUUGUUACUAUAUACUGCUCUAUCAACUUUAUUGUUUAUGUUUUUUAUAAAGUGGAUGAUUAUGGGUAUGAGGUGUCAAAAACAAUUGCUACGCUUUUUAACCAGAAUAAAAAAUUAUUGGUAGUAAGUUUGUAGUAUUGGAUUGCACAUUGAUUAAUCAAAUUGGUUAUUUAUUUAUAAUGUUCAAAUUCCUUUGUUAUUUAAUAGACAAAUCUAAUAAACAAAAUUGCAAUCCAUAUCUGUUAGUUUAUAUUUAUAAUUAUUUAUCAAUAUAAACUAAUGUUUAUAUAUAGAGUCUAGGCUAUGUAUAUAUUUCCAAAAUAACUAUUUCAAUCCAUACUAUAUAAAUAUAUAUAUAUAUAAAUAUAUAAAAUGAUUUGGUGCUUUAGACUGCAGGGGUAAUUUUAUAGGUCUGCACUGCCGAUACAUGAUGUUUCUACCAAUAAUUGUGGGUAGCACACAUCCAACUUUUCUUGAUGGCAAUGUGGACUUGUGAUAUGACCCUUUGUAUGUGACUAAUGUAAGUUUCUCCAUAUUCCUUUCUUCAGUGCAUUGUAACAUUUACUGAACGUUUCAACUCAAAAAUGUAAAUUUUUCCAAUAAUUUGCUGCCCAUUUUUGGGAACCUUGGGCAGGUGGGAAUGGGGAAAUGUGGAAGGGAGCCAGUCUGAGACACAAAAGUUGACUCGCCUCAAAAUACGGACAAAUAUAAACAUAUAAAAGUUAAUGAUCGAAACACACGUUCUGACAUUUUUGCUCAUUAGGUCAAUGCAUUGCGGAACAGUGAAGUUAACAAUGCAAUGCGCGAAAUUUAAAAAUAAGUAGGGAGGAAAAGUUUAUUUCAGCCACUCACCACUGGCUAAAUUGCUUGCAUUGUUUCUUCUCCUGUAUUCAUCCUCAAAAGUGCAAUCGACACAUUGUUAGAAGACCACCACAAACAUGUCAAUGGAUCUGAAUCUGGCAGAUCCACCAGGGUCAAAGCACAGGAAUUUGGAUACCUGCAUUGGCUGCAGAGCAGAAUAUCUAGUCUAUGGUCUAAACUCUGAAUUGGCUUUGAACUAUUUUUACUGAAAUAAAAACAGAAAAUACUGAUGAAAUUCAACAUGCUUGACAACAUCUGUGGAAAGUACAACAGAGUUACCAUUUCAAGUUCAAUACGACUGUUCUUUGGAACUCAGAUCUCCAGGAUCUGCAGUACUUUGCUUUUAUUAGUACUGCUUGAUUUAGGUCUACUUGAAGCAAAAAUUAGAUAUGAGAAAUAAGUAUUAUGUUUCUUGUGUGUAAUCUUGUUGACUGCUAUCAUUGUAAAUUUCCUCUGUAUGACUGGAUUACUCCAUUUGCCACAAUACUACAGUGAAAUCAUACGUUUAUCUCAUGAAUUGGAAUGGAAAGCCUUGGCGAAGACAAAUGCAAAAUUAUUGCCAGAGUUAGUAGGCCACUUGGAGCACCAGGUAAAUUGGCCCUUUAUAGGCCAGGCAACACUGUCCUAUUUUUAUUACAUUUCAUCUUUAUUGGUUUUCUUUAUUUGAAUUUUGUUGGCAAAGAAAUUUGCAAAAACAUAUGCUGAUGCUGUUGUUUCCUUGUUGAUUUAAUUCUAAAUCAUAAAGCAAUUUAAGAUACACGCAAAAUAAGGGAGCAUAGAUGAUAAUUUUAUGACCUGGGGCUUUCUUUGCAUUUGUCCUGUGAUUUGAGCACAACGAAAUUAUGGGACUUAAAGUAUUGUAGAAUUUUGUGCCUGAUUGAUUUCCCCUCAAAACUACAAUUUGUUUAUGAAUACCUGUUUCUCAAGUCAUCCAUCAAACUUCUAAAAUCUGUGUAGUUGCAAUUGGGCGGGAGUAAUGGACACAAGGGUUAAUGUGCAUCUAUCUACAUUGUGGCCAGAGUGAAACAAAAAAAGCCAAUCUUCCAAUUUUUUUAAUUACAAGAUCAAAUUUGUUAUUUCUGUUUUUUCCAAUGCAUUUUUCAUGGCAUAGGCCACAUUAAAAAAUGUAAAUCUUCCCAUUGCGGGCACAUGUGCCCGCUGUGCAUAAAUCAUGUUUAAUAAGUUGAAUGUUAAAUUUUAAGAUGCAUAAAAGACAUAUGCUGGUAUGGGUCUGUGUUUUUUUCCGUGAGACCUUUAUGUUAAUGCUGAUUUAUAUUCAUUUACACCAAUUUUAAGUUUCAGUGUACUGUUAUGAAAUUGGGAAGAUUUCUAACUUGACAUCAGCAAAAUAGAUGUAACUUCAGGCAUUGUUUUUGGUUGCAACUUGCUGUGUGUGCCCAAGAAGGAAACUCUAGGCCUAUAUGUGACCCCCAAUUUUCCAUGCUACUAGUCUAAGCUGCUUGUAAAGACUAAAUGAUUGGACACCCCAAUUUACUAUAUUGGUCAUUUUAGUGUUGAAAACAGCUGGGGAAGACUCAUGUUGAGUUGGAACUUCUACACGCACUGAAAAUAGGAAUAAUGCAUGCUCUCAGUGCAUAUGUAAAACUAAAUUACUGUUUGAAAAGAAUAAAGAAAUUUCAAGAUCAUAACUAAAGAAAUUACACAAUAUUGUCACUGUUUUGAGAAAAUAUACUUAAUGUAGUUUAGCAGCAUGAGAAAACAUUUGGCUUUCCAAUUCACUUGCUGCUUCAUUAGAACAAAAUUUCUGAACCACGCAACAUCUUGACUUGUGUUAGGUGGUAAUUCUUUGGACAUCUUCAUGUUUUGAGCUCCUCAUAACUUGUUGAUUCAUUACUUGAAUUGUUUGUACUAUUAUGUGAUUGAUUAAGCAUUUCAGAAAAAAAAGCUAUUUUACAAUUGAAAUUACAAACAGCAGCACCUUCAAGUACAACCUUACAUUCGUAACAAUGUUGUAAUGAGAACUGGUCAGUGAUUGGAACUAAUCAGUGAAAGUGUCAAUUUAGAAUGAUAAAUGUGGUUUUAUAUAUGGUGUAAAGCUGGAUUAUGAAUGUAUAUAUUAGGUAUGGGUCAUAAACAUCCCAGUCCAAAAUGGGUACAUAGCAUAUGCACUUUAAACUACAUUUUCCUGAUUAGAUUUAUUGAUGAUAAAAAUGCAUACUGCUGCCAAAUCAAUACGUUUCCACCUGUAUCUACUGUACACUUACUAACAUUCUAAGUAAUUUGCCAAGAAUUUACAUAAAAACGUCUGUUUGCUAAAGAUAUUAUCCUGCGUAAUUGUGGCCUGAGAGGCUUCAGUGUAAAAUUAAAUUGAAAUCUCACCUGCAAGUUUCAAUUAAUGCACUUUCUAUGAAUUAAAGUAUUAAACAUGUUUGAUUUGAAAAUAAGAUUGAAAUAAGGUGAGAAACUAGUGCAAUGCACUAGUCUCCAAAGAUUGAAACUGGAAUUGCUCCUGUGAAUUUUCACACGUUGAAUUCCUAAACCUAACAAUGCAAUCGGAUUGAGCGAAAUUCAGAUCUUUCCUUGUUAGAGGAAGUUGAAACGCCGAGGAUUAUCUUCAUCACAAGGAAAAAUCAGCAGAUUCUGAAAAGUGAUUUGCUAGAAAAAAGAAUCUGCCAGUUUACUUAUGGAAAGACACCUACAACUUACUUCUCUGUAGAAUUGCCAUCAUUCAGGGUUUACAAAUUUUUGCAGCACUGAAGUGUAAGGCAAUGCUUAACAUUGAAAUUAUUUUUUUUAAAAAAACCUAAAUACAUAAACUGAAAAUUUAUUAUACUAUGGAUACUUGUGAUUAUAUUAUUUUUAGUGUAUUAGCUUUUUUUAAAAACACAGCAUUCAGAACCCAGCAAAUUAAUACUUGCUGAGUAAUGAUAAAUUCAGUGCUCAAACAAAAAGGAAAGGGAACUUCAGGAAAGGGGUUUAGCUUCAUCACAUUAACUGUCUAAUUCAUCUGAUUUUUGUUUUCAGCACAUUGGGCCAAGAGUCAUAGUAAAAGAAGCGCCUGAAGUGCAGAGGGAAAAAAAAAUCACGUUUAAAUGUUUUUAGUGAUAGGAAUGGAGAAUCUUUAAGAAAAUUUAUACUGUCCUUUCAUUCAAACUAUAUUUACUAACUCCUGCAAUCUACCAUCAUCCAUUGGUAAUGGGUGUAAUUGUGAUAUCUCAAAUUAAUCCUCUUGGCAUUUGCAAGCUUCUUAGGUUCUGGGUCUGGUUGAGUGGCUCCAGAAUUUUUUUUAAAAUUCUGUUGUAAUGCACCUGUCUCAUUUUUCUUUAUCUCCACUGUAUCAAUUUAGGAUAUGUACUUUAAAGUCCUUAGUACUGGCCAUUCUGACCUUCUAUAAAGUGAAUAAGAAGGCUAGCAACGUUGCUUUUCUCAUUUUAAAUCCCUCUCAGAAUGGAAGUACCAGAAUUCUAUCUAAUAACCUUUAGCAAUAAAAUAGCUGAAUUAAGAAAGUUUAAGCAUAUUUAACUCUGACAUGAGAUUAUUGGCUGUUUCCCUAGGAGUUAAAUUAAUCUUUUCUGACUGUCUGCCAUUUCUCUCUCUUACCUUUUUUAUUUUAUGUCUUUCCUCUCCUCUUUAUUUAACUAUCUUAAUCUUUCUUUUUAUCUGUUUCUCAUUAUUUUCUCUACAGCAGUGGGCAGGAAGAAGCAGCAACAUGGAACUCAAUGAGUUAAAGGUAGUGCAUCAAAAUUUAGGCAUGCAAAUUAAGGGCUAUUACUUCGGUUUGAUGUUAAAGGAUGUUAAAUAU